AUGUUCUACAAUUCAACCUUAGUCCUAGUGGGCGGCUCAGAUUGCACAAAAAUUCAUGAAUAUUACCCACAACUCAUUUAUAACUCUCUCUACCGUACUGUUAAUGGUGGUUGUCUAGAUAUUUUAGUUCUUCGUUCACAAAAUACUAUUAGAGCUGUCGAACGUCUUACUGCUGCAUUUUAUGACCUUGCUCGCCAACAAAUUAAUCAAAUGGGGAAACGUGAUAUUCGUGUUACUGUUCUUUUAGAUGGCCGUAAUUUAGAACUUAACCGUAAACAAUCAUGGGAAGUCAUUAUUGCUGGAAAAUAUGAGGAUGAUCUUCUCUCGGAUUUCCGUAACUCUUUACCUGAAAACUGCCGCAUCUUGGGCUUGCCUACAGUCAUUGUUAAAAUGCCAAAUAAUUAUUCAACUCAAGACCCUGGGAACCGUUAUUCAUCUUCAAACCGUCGUCCAUCUUAUGCUGGUGCUAAUGGUCCUGCAUAUUCUCUCAAUGGAAUUGUUGAAGAAGAUGAGGAUGUAAACAUGAGUGAUCUUAAUAGACUUAAAUCUGAUGAAGAUGAACUUACUAAACGAACAAAGGGGAAAGAUUCUGCUGGCGAAUGGGAACAUGAUGUUGUCGCAGUGGGCGGAACUUUUGACCACUUGCACGAUGGACACCGGUUAUUACUAACUGUGGCUGGGUACCUGGCUAAAGAAAAACUAAUUGCCGGAAUCACCGGCAGCGAACUUCUUGUUAAUAAAAAGUACGCAGAAGUUUUAGAAUCAUAUCUAGUACGUCGCAGUCAUGUUGAAGAAUUUUUGGCUUAUGUUUUCCCACAACUUGAAGUUGAAACCAUUAUGUUACAUGAUCCAGCAGGUCCUACAGUUCUUGUGGAAAAUAUUGAUGCUCUUGUAGUAUCUCGUGAAACUUUUAAAGGAGGUCUUCAAAUUAAUAAAACUAGACUUGAUAAGGGAUGGAAACCAUUAAUUGUUUAUGAUAUCGGAAUGUUGGGAUGUGUUGAAGGUAAUGAACAAAAUAAUUAUAUGGAUAAACUUAGCUCAACUGAUAUUCGACGACUAGAGUUUGAACGGUUGCAUAUUAGUGACCAAAGAAUUCAAAUAUAA